GCCCGCUGCUGAAGGGCCAGGUAUUGCUGGUACCUGGACUCUCACGUACAGUACAAGGAUAAGGAUGCCAAUCAUGUGUGCAAGAUGGCUGCCUGCUGUCGACAAUCUUCCGUAUCGUAUCUCCCGAAAGGCUCGGCACUGCCUUCUCUCCGAAAGGCUUGUAGACGCAGGUAUGCCGUACGCUGUGUCUCUCAUUCACCGCUAGAUCCUCUUCAAGCCGCGGCACAGCUGCACUUGGACCGUAGGAGACCAAAGAGACUUGGGCCCGGAGGAGCCAGAGCCAAAGAGCUGCAGCAAAAGUGCCCACAACGUGCCUCGGGCCGCCUGGUGGCUGGCUGGAUUUGCCAGAGUUGGUUGAUGGGAUGCCAGAUUGGGAUGCCCUCGACUCGAGUUGGAUCCGCCAGUCUCACCAUUCACGUUACGCUUUCCCCUACAUGGCUUUGCCUCUAGACGCCGUCCGAACUACGAACCAAGGAAACGCUCCAAUACUGAGACAGUUCUGCGCCGUCGGUCAUGUUCGGCUGUACGCCGUGCCUGUUUGACAGUCCCGUGUCUCACUCAGGCGCGGCCUCAGCCGCUUUUUUUUUUAUUCCCUUUAGCCCUUGCGUAUGUCAUUUUGGCUCCCUUGUUUCUUUCUCCCUUGGAUAGAAAAG